AUGCCUGAAUAUAGAGAUUUGCUACCAGCAAGUGGCCGCUGGAAGCAAGAUAUAAAAGACUGGUUGCAGGAGGAUGUUCCAGCUUUUGAUUUCGGUGGAUUUGUUGUUGGGAGCGGCAUAAAAACAGCAACUCUGUUCUGCAAACAAAGCGGUGUCUUGGCUGGUGUCCCAUUUACUGAAGAGGUCUUCAAUCAAUGCAAUUUGACAUAUGAAUGGUUCUUUAAUGAAGGUGAACUCCUAGAUCCCGCCAAAUCAUCAGCUAAAUUGCCCGUUGCCAAGGUCACAGGUAAGGCCAAGGACAUUCUGCUUGCGGAAAGAACUGCAUUAAACAUAUUGAGUAGAUGUUCUGGAAUUGCUACUGCUUCCUACCAUACCAUUACGAAGGCCCGUGAAGCUGGGUAUACCGGUAUCAUCGCUGGUACAAGAAAAACUACGCCAGGCCUCCGCCGUUUGGAAAAGUAUGCUAUGUUAGUCGGUGGUUGUGACACUCAUAGGUAUGACCUCUCAUCUAUGGUAAUGCUCAAAGACAACCACAUAUGGGCAACCGGUUCCAUAACUAACGCCGUCAAUGACGCCAAGUCUGUUUGCGGUUUCUCUGUCAAGAUUGAAGUCGAAUGUCAAUCUGAAGCCGAAGCCGAUGAAGCAAUUGAAGCGGGUGCGUCUGUUAUAAUGCUGGACAACUUUACUGGCGCCGAAUUAAGGAAAGCUGCUGCAAACCUAAAGGAAAAAUGGAGAGGCAAAAGGCAUUUUCUGCUCGAAUGUAGUGGAGGUCUUACAAUUCACAACCUGAGUGAAUACUUAUGCCCUGAAAUUGAUAUAUUCAGCACAAGUAGUAUCCACCAAGGUACUGGUACUGUGGACUUCUCAUUGAAGCUCGACCACUAA